AUGGUGAUGCUGUGCUUCGUGUUGGAUUUACGGACAUUAUCGCCUCCUUUACUUCGAGAUCUAAAGCAGUCAUUACUGCAGCUAGCAAAUUUCUACGCAAUUUCAAGUCCUAGAGGUCAUAAAUCGAUCUCGAUUUCGAAGUCACUCCUUGAUAGGAUCGGGCUUUGCUAUGUCUUCAGGAAUCGAAUAUCAUGUUCCACAGAGCAGAUGAAGGUAGCAUACAGGCCAAGUGGGGAUUUCAGUCUCCGUGAUUUUCACCAUGCUGUUAACAACUUGCCAAGUGAUGGUUUCUUACCAGAACUCAACAAUCAUGUAGCUAUCUCUUGUUCAGAUGCCCUCCUUGCAAGUGUCCUUAAUGAUAAAGUUCUAUAUUCAUGGGGACGUGACUGUGAAGAUGUUGGAAGAAAAGUGAUCGUCAUUAGUUCAUGUCUACUUGAAAAUUUAGAUGCUGUGACAAAGAAGACUCUAAUAGAUGCAGCAGACAAAUGUAUUUCAGUGGAUUUUGUAUUGUUGGUGUCAAGUGGUCUUGGUGAUCUUUCAGAAAGUAUCAACAACUUUCUUAAGAAUAUAUGUGAUCUUGAGAAUUGUUCGUUCCAUAAUCAUCUUCCAGAUGCAAAGGUGUUGUGUGCCCUGGUGAAAAAAUGGCUACAGGAUUUGAGGGAUGAAGCAGAACAUCUGCAGGCUCGUGUUAAGUUUAAGAGAAAUCUUCUAGGCUCUUUAAACCAAAUAUGCUGCAAUCUUUUUCCAUCUUUCGAUCUCAUCAUUGAUGAGUUCAAACCCUGCCAGGCAUGCAGGUGUCAUGGCUAUCCAUUGGAUGAUGAACAUGGAAACGGACCAGUGAAGUCCACUUCUUGUCCAGUCACUGGCAAUGAGCUUGGCACACUUGAUUUGAUCGAAAACUCUCUGAAGGUCGGGGAGCAAACAGUCCUGCUCAUGCCGUCCUUUCACUACUAUACAAAGUUGCAGCAUGUUACUACACAUAUAGACUUUAACGUCAUUAACAGAACCAACUUAGCUUCUUUAAGCGAAGGGUUGAUUGUAGGGACUCCCUUUGUUGUUGGCCCAUCUACUUCCCUUGAAUUGGAUGAUACUGACCAGAUGGAGUUAAACAACCAAGUCUUUCAAGGGCUUUGCAGUGCCCUGCAUUUUCUAGAUCAGGGCCUGGUUUGCUCAUCCAGAUGUAACACAGAGACUAUGAAGGAGACACCAUUCCAGUGUUAUUACAUCCUUCUGCCUUCUGAUAACGGAGUGAUGCUGCUCAGGAGGCUUGCAGGAUCAGAAGAAGUGAUACCUAUCCCUGAUGUUAGCCAAUCAUUCGAGUCUACAGAAGCUAAGGAUGUUAGAGAUUCUAUAAAGUCCUCUUUACUUGAGAUUGAAGAAAGGGGCUACAAUCCCAUCCUGCACGAACGAGGAUUCCAUCAAAGACUAAAUGUGCUUGUGAAAGAAAGUUUGCAUUUUGGGUCAUUACCUACCAAAUCGGAAGAGUCACCUCCUGAACCAACUUCAACUAGAGAAGAUUCUUUAAAUGACUCUGGACCUUCAAAGCAAACAAUGAGUAUGGUAGGCUUUGAAGAGGAAAUCCCACAAUUGGAAAUGAAUUUUGGACCAGACAAAAUCACAGCACGUAUAACAGAAGAAUGGGAACAGCUAAUAGUCAAUGAAAUUCCUAAAAUCAAUUCUCCCACUUGUGUUUCUAAAUCAAAGUUGGAUCCGCUGGCCCUCUCACCGCUUGAUAGCAAUAAGCCACUAGACGAAAGAACUUCAAGGAUACUAGAGAGACUAGAAGUACCAAGAAAACUAAAAGCUAAAGUAGCUUCACCGGUCAUCAUCACCUCAAGCAGUGCCCCUAUUGAUGCAUGCAUGCUAACAAAAAAGCCUCUUAUACCAUUUCAGCCAACUCAAACUUCAGAUACAGGAACCAUUGCAAGCCAGCCAAUGAGACCCAACUUUCAGAGGCUGAAAAGGAAACAUAGGUAAAUGUACAUCACAAUUGCAGAUAUUAGAGUGAUCCCACCAGCUGAGAUUCAUGAGGUUGGCUCACUUCCUUCUUUUCAAGUAAGUGUUCUUCCAAAUUCCUAGUAUGCUUGGUUCUUACAUGCACUACUUGAAUGAGAUCAAUCUUAAGAAAUGUCCCUGAAAUGACAUGAUUUUAGUUUUGUAAACCUGA